CUAUUGAAACAGUUGUGGUGUUAGGAGAAGAAGGAACAGAUGAUCGUCCAGAACAUUGCAUUGAAACAAGUGUUGUUAGAUGAAGGAACAGAUGAUCGUCCAGAAUGUUGUAUUGAAACACGUGUGGUGCUAGGAGAUGAAGCAACAGAUGAUCGUCUGGAACGUUGUAUUGAAACAGUUGUGGUGUUAAGAGAUGAAAGAACAGAUGAUCGUCCAGAACGUUGUAUUGAAACAGUUGUGGUGUUAGGAGGUGAAGGAACAGGUGAUCGUCCAGAACAUUGCAUUGAAACAAGUGUUGUUAGGAGAUGAAGGAACAGAUGAUCGUCCAGAAUGUUGUAUUGAAACAGUUGUGGUGCUAGGAGAUAAAGGAACAAAUGAUCGUCCAGAACGUUGUAUUGAAACAGGUGUGGUGUUAGGAGAUGAAGGAGACAGAUGAUCGUCCAGAACGUUGUAUUGAAACAGUUAAGAUAUCUUCAGCUGGAAGCCAUGCUGUCCGUGAAAUUCUUAUACAACACUCCGCUGAGUAGUCUUAUUAACGCCACACGAAGCAAGACCAAGACCGAGAAGGAAAAUCAGGUGAUAUCGGCAGAAAAAUAUCCCUUGCUCGACAAUGACCCUGUCAAAGCCGCGUACGUUCGUUGUAUUCCUAAAGCCCAGUUCUAUAAAGAUGUCUUGCUUCAGGGAUAUUUUGUUCCCCCGUACAUUUUGCAAGGCCUAGAAGAGUUUGAAGUAAGACCUGACGACAUCUUUAUCAUCACCUACCCGAAGUCAGGUACAACGUGGACGGAAGAAAUCGUUUCUUUGAUUUUUAAUGACGGAGAUACCAAAAAAGUCCAAAAUAAACUACUGUUCUAUCGAGUUCAUCAUUUGGAAGUCGGACGACCGAUAGGACACUUCCGUUACCUCCGAAAGGUUAAAUCGCCCCGGCUCAUGGCUACACACCUUCCACUGAACUGUAUUCCUCGUCAGUUACGGCAGUCCCGCUGUAAAAUAAUAUACGUCGUGCGGAACCCUAAAGAUAACGCUGUGUCGUACUAUCACCACCACAGAAUGUCUACGUUUCUUGGCAACUACAAAGGACCAUGGGACGAGUUCCUCACGCUGUUUCUGAAAGGACACUUGGUGUACGGCUCGUGGUUUGACCAUGUUCUUACUUACUGGAAAUUUCACCUGGAUCAUCCUGACAAAGUUCUCUUUAUUUCCUAUGAGGAACUGAAAAUUGAUCUGGAAAAGAUGGUUGAGAGGAUCGCUAACUUUUUGGACCACCCUCUCCCUGCGGAAACCAUCAAAACGAUCGCUAGCCACUGUUCCUUCGACCAGAUGAAGAACAACAACAUGGUCAACAGGGAACAGCUUCCAGUCACAGAUUUCUUUGACAUGUCUCAGUCCAAGUUCAUGCGGAAAGGUAUCAUUGGAGAUUGGAAGAAUUAUUUCACAGACGAUCAAAACCAAGAGUUCGAGACAGUAUACAAGGAGAAAAUGGCAGGGUCUGGGUUGGACUUUGUGUUUGAGCCAGAAGAAGCCUUCAAACGAAUGAAAACCUAUGGUCGAAUUAUCCUUCCGUGUCAAAUACAUACCAAUAAAGAAAACGGUAAUCUUCCAAAGGGUUUUGGUGAAGAUAAAAAGUUAACAAAUGAACAGAAAACCGGGCCUUCGACCACUGAUGUUAGCAUGUCACCUGAUGUCGUAUUAUGUACGGACGAAACGGACUCUUCUAAUACCCACGUUGAUAGUCCAAAUAAAGAGGCCGAAAGAACAACAAAUAAAUGUCCAGGCUCUGAAAUUGUAAUCGAUCAAAAGUUCGACGACUUUAACGGUGAAAAGAUGAAAUCAAAAUCUGAAGCUGACAAGACCAUAAAAAAAGCCCAAAAGUAUGAAUUAAAGAAAGGUGUGAAGUCUUGUCUAUACAGUGGAGUUAAAGAAAGGAGCUUCGCAGAAAAUGAUAAAGGUGUGAUCUACGGAAAUCAACGGAGAAAUCUCAGUGACUCCAAAAGAUCGUUGGAGUCGACACUAAGGUCCAGAAACUCAAUGAGCGGUUCAGCACCCUUAGAUCCGUAUAUUACUCCUGACCCUCUCACCUUAGACCUUGUUAUUUAGGGCAGAGGACAGCCAUGCAGUUGAUA